AUGCGCGACACCGUCCGGGACAGCGACGCAGGCUCUGGCCUCCUAUCAAUGAGCGCGCUGUGCUGGGUGGUGAAGAGGAUGGAUCGCCUGACCGGCGACGACCGUCGCAGUGCGACCAGCAUGGACAAGGUCCUCGUUUCGGGGUUGAAGGAGCUGCGGAUUCGGAUGAUGACAUACAUCAAGGAACACGUCGCACGCAGACGGUCAGGCCAUGUCGGAGUUGGUGCCGAUGCCUGUGACGACGACGCCGCGGAGCCCCCUUCGGCAUCCCAAGCAGUCGGUGUCGCCGACACCAGCGGAGAGGCCGGAGACGGCGUCGACAAGGCAGAUGAGGAGGCAGAAAGGGCUGUGGCGAGGACCGCGAAUCAGGAAAAGGAGGAGGAGGAGGAUGACACCGACGAUCAAGAUGAUAACGAGGAGGAUCGUGAGGAGCGUGAGCAGGGGCAUGGGCAGGAGGAGGAGGAGGAGGAGGAGGAGGAGGAGGAGGAGGAGGAGGAGGAGGAGGAGGAGGAGGAGGAGGAGGAAGAGGAGGAGGAUGAGGAGGAGGAGGAGGAGGACAAGGAGGCGGCGGCGGCGGAGGCCGUGGAGCAGGGUUUCGGGUCGGUGGAGCAGGUGGCGGAGGGGGAGAAGCAGCAAGAGGGGGAGGAGGAGGUAGAGUUCCCCUGGGUCGAAUUCGAGAUGGAGGAUGUUGAGGGAGCGGCGGCGGUGGCCAUGGAGGGAGCGGCGGCGGCCGUGGAGGGAACGGGCGGGAUGUCGGCGGAUGUUGUGUACGUGCGAGGGGAGGGUGCCGAUGUGGAGAAUGUCGGCGUGGAGGAGGCGCACGUGGUCGGCAAUGUGGUUGGCGACGCGAAGGAGGAGGAUAACGCCGCGGCCCCGACGCCGACGGGCGUGGAGACCACCACAGGGAACGCAGGGGUGGAACGCCGGGGUGGAGCGGUAGAGGCGGGCCGUCAACCGGGUUCCUCAGCAGCUGGUCGGCAGGCAACGCCGGCCGUCGUCGCGCAGCUGCGACAGGAGAACAUGUGGCUGAGGGCAGAAAAUGCUCGUCUCGAGACGGUCGUUGGCCGACCAGGUCGCCGCCUCCGACCAGGACGCGUCGAGUCGGCUGAUGGACGCGUCCUUGACCAUGGCGACGACUGGACGGAGAACAUCACCGCCAACAUGGGUGAAGCAUGGGAUGCGAUGAAGGCGUACGUCGAGAGGGCGGAGAGCUGGUUGGACGAUCUAGAGAAUCCGGAGGGGUUUAUGGCGGUGCAACGUGCGAACGCGGUCGUCGCCAUGGGCAACCACAUGGACGAAGCGAGGAAGGGAUUGGAGGAAUACAUAUCGAAGCACCUAGUCGCCGCGCAGACCAACAUCGCCACCGCGGUAACUCAACGCGUCGCCGUCCCGCCGCCCACGCAGCCCGCCCCACCGCCAGCCUUCCCAGACGAGCUCAUGAAGUCUUUCAAGGCGGACGUGUUGAAGGCGGUGACUGAGGCCACCCAGCAGUCGUUUGUUGCGUCCGGGUUAAACCUCAUGACCCAGGUGAUCGGCCAUCUGGCGCCUGGUCGGCAUGGGUCGUCGCCGUCGGACAACGAGGCCGACAAGAAGGGUGCGAAAAGGGCGGGCGGCGGAGAUGAUGCGUUGAGCUCGAAGCGGAGCAAGGGAGCUGAUGGGAGCCACGGCGUCGGCCAGGUGGGUCCAGGCGGCUCGCGGAGCAAGGGAGCCGAUGGGAGUGGAGGUACGAGCGUGGUCGACCAGCUCAAGAAGAACGGGGCCAAGGUGAUAAGGACGCACAGCAAGGGCGAUGGAAUCAGGAGUGCGGAGGGGGGCCCUGCCGACCAGGUUGCCGCUCAAGAGGCUGGACCAACAGCCCCGCCAUUGGUCGCCGAGAAGCCGGCCAGUCUAGCGACCGCACCAACGGCGAUAGAUGGCGGCGCCAAAACCGUCAAGGGACCGUCCGUCGGAGUGGCGGGGACCACGUCGAUCCCCCGCAAACCCCCUGCGGCUAGCAGCGCGCCGGUCGCCCCGUCAGCCGCCAACAACGAUGGGCCGUCCCUUGCGGCUACUCCAGCACCAGCAGGCACGUCUGCCGCCAAGGUUGACGCGGUGGAUGCUGCGGCUAACCGCGCUGGUCCGUCCGCCCCAAAGGCGAACGCGCUCAGGGAGAUGCUCAGCCGCAUGGAGACCCAUCGACAGGACGUGCAGCAGCCUCCCGUGGUCGGUACCGCGCCGGCCACAACAGCACGUCGCUCGGUCACUCCCCAGGUCGCCGCCACAACGUCCAGUGCCCCACCUACCGCGCCUAUCAUCGCCGCCCGUCCUCCUGUGGACCCAAAGUCCGCGUUGCUUCGCGCCCGGUUAGGCGCACGUACUGCGGCUGCGCCAGCACGGGCUCAGCCGGUAUCCAGCUCAUGCGCGACGCCGACGUCGGUGACCGUAGCUGCACACACACUCGGUGCGGCUACUGUCGAGGCGGUGGCGGAGAAGGGCGUGAGUGCAGCGCUAGCCACGGGCG